AUGGCUUGGGGUGGCAUUUCUUUUCCUCUUCGUGACAUUCUACAGCGUAUGCCUGGACGCUACUACAUAGAUUCUUCCAACCUAUACGCGUGGACGGGGCAUGGGAAUUUCCAUAUUCACACAAUUUUGUACCACUCUUGUCUCUACUCAGGCCUCUCCUGUGGCUUUCAACACGAUUGGAUGACGGUUUUACUUGGUGCGGCCGUGAUAUUCUUCACCUUCCCAGAGACCAAAGGGUUACCUCUUGAAGAUAUCCCUAUGGUAUUUGGGGACGCGCAAAUUGGAGUGGAGGUCACCCCAGAGCCUGCAGAUCGCUCUGACAAAUGUUCAAUUUGCGAAAAGGUACCCGUGUGA